UACGCAAAGCUCAUCCGCCGCCCGUAUAUGCGAGCCCCUUACACCUGCAAGCCGCUUCUAUACGUAUUGAGUCCUCCGGACAUCGCAGACGAUUCUUGAUCUGUAAUCUCGGCCAUUUCUCGAGACGGACGACUCCUUUCUACUUUCCUUUUAAGCAAACGGCCUAAUCAACGAGCAGUCUCUAAAUAGGGGAGACUGCUUCAGUGCCGCGACAAUGGCGACCGAAACUACCACCACUACGACUACCGCCCCCGAGGCAACGCCCGCUCCCGAGCCGGCCACCGAUCUCUCGGCGCUGACGAUGGCGGCCACGGAAGAGCCCGCCGAGGCUGCCGAGGACCCGAAAAACGACGACGCCAACGACACCUCCUCGGACCAGGAGCAGAGCAAGAAGCGCUCUUCAUCGGACGCGGACCUGAAGGACGGAGCGCCACCGACCAAGAUUACGAAGCGCAGAGCCGCCCGCGCCUGUGUGAGCUGUCGCGCGCGCAAGGUCCGCUGCGACGUGGUUGAAGGCGCGCCCUGCGGCAACUGCAGAUGGGAUAACGUCGAGUGCGUUGUCCAGGAGAGCCGCCGACGAAAGAAGAACUUGUUGACUGCCAGCACGGCGGGGCACCAUGGUGUGGGAGCCGAGGCACAGCUGCGCUCCAAGGGCGCAAACCCAAUCAACAUUCACAGCAGCGCGGAACUGCGCCGGCCCAGCAAUGCCUCGCUGGCCUCGGUCAACGGCUCCAUCGCCGCGAACCCCGUUCCCGCAUCCUCCGGCGUGCCCCUGAAUGCGACGUCUGGCGUUGGGGCCGGCGCUGCUGCUGCUGCUGCUGGAUCAGGAUCUGUAGGAGGAAACGGAAUCGGCGUUGGAAUUGGCCCUGGUGUUCUCGGGGGCCUGUCGGUACCCGGCGGCUCUUCAGACGGAAUCGAGGGUCACGUUCCGCACAUGAUCUGUAAGUUUGCCUCCGUCUCUGUCACACAAUUCUUUUUUUGGCCCUGCAACACUCAUUUCUUGGGACACUUGUUUUUCUGGAACACAAAUUUUCUUAGCGUGGGAUCUUUGUCAAUUCCGCACCGCACAUCAAAAUUGCGCCCCCUGUUUGUUGUGUCUUCUUUUUUGUUCCUGGUUUUGCCCAUCGCUGCCCAGUCCGGGGGGCUCAGACUGGGGGAGGGGACGGAACGGGGUAAAGUGUGGAGGGGCGUCUUGGACUUUUCCUACCCCGUGACCUGGGGCCUUUCUCCGCCUUUCCUCGUCCAGUCAAGUCUCUCCUGAUUCUUCAGCGUACCCCCCUCUCUGUUCCGCACUCCGUCCGCGGCCCCAGCUCCGUCCCUCCCACGUCCCUUAGCCUCACACACGUAAUCCACAUUCACAUGCCAGCCCUCGUCUCCAGUCAUUAUCAUCAUCCAACCCACCCCAGACCAAAGCGGUCAAUGUUUUGGGACGACUCGCUGACCACGGGACCUUGUGAAUCUUAGAUCAACGAUCGGGUUACCGUCAUGACAGCGCAGCGCUGCUCACCAAGCUGCAGUCUGCUGCGGCCGCAGCGUCAGCAGAUG